AUGACAAAUCGCUGGGUAAAAUCUUCCAUAGUAAAACAAAAACCAAACGUUGACGUUGUCUCAAAGACGAACGGUAAAACGAAAGUCGGAAAACUCACGCAGCGUGUAAUUCCCCACAGUUCAAAAGGUCCACUUACUAUAUCGCGUAUUAGGUUACAUAGUCCUACGAAACAUGUUGACAGACGAACUACAAAUCCUGACCAGGUUGAAAUUUACCAACCUAAAGGGUCUAGGUUGAAAACUACCGUUUACUCUCGAGAACAAGAUUAUAAUACGUCAAAUGAUAAUGCGGAUUUACAGGACAAUGAACUGAACCAUAAAGAAAUUAUGGUGGCACUUGCAGAAUCCCUUAAAAAACGGGAAAAUCAAAUUUCAAAAUCGAUGGACAAACGAUUCGAAUUAAGCAGAAUUACUGUAACUAAUGCCCUUGGUUGUUAUAUUGAGGAGGAGGACAAUAUCACAACCAAAAUCGCGUCAGAAUAUAAGGAUAGAAUGGAUGAAUAUGCCGAAGAAAAACGAAAUUGUUUAAGGAAACUCCGCUUGGGAUUUGAAAAAUAUCAACUAAUAAUGUCUGAUUUGCUCGGAGCACUCGAUAAAAACCACUCUCAGAGCAUGCGUGCGCGAAGAGACUUUGAGAAAGAUAUUGCACACAUUCAGACAACACAUCAAUCAGAGAUAACCAGAUUACAUGAAGAAAUCGAAAAAACCACAUCGUAUUUCCAUAAGACCAUGGAGAGUGCAGCAAAGGAAUUUCUCCAAAAGCCAUCAAUUACCAAGCAAUUCAAAUCACUUCUCAAAUUCCAAUAG